UUGUAGUCAAAUAUUUGCACACAAGGAUUAAGAUGACAGGUAGCACUAUCUCACCCAACAGCCGCCCAUAGCGUCAAGUUUACAACGUUUCGAUGGGUUUGGAUGUUAGCAUUCGGUCGUUACUUUUGGCUUUUAUUGUUGCUCAGGUGGCGUGUGAAAACAUCAGGCUGACGUAUUACGAUAGUGUGACGUCACAGUACCUGGUGUCCGCCACACCAUCAGGGUGCUACGCCAGUCUGGGCGUCUACCCCCAGUGGUGUCUGGGAAAUCUGAGUCGCUGCCAUCAGGGUCUGACUGUAGCGGCCUGGAUCAAAUCAGCGUCAGACGUCUCCUACACUAGGCAGGCUGACGUCAUUCUCACCACAGGAGGACACAGUGCAAACAGCGAUGGAUUUUUUCUGACCCGUCGGUUCUCUGAUCAGUACACACUGGGUGUAGCAAGCGGAGCGAGGCUGUGGAAAUUUUCACUGCGACUGGAGGCUGGUGUCUGGGUAAUGCUCGGGCUGACCUGGGACCAGGCCGGCGGCAUGGCUGUCUUUGUUGACGGUUUGUUGCAGGCGGAGAUCUCAGCUCCUGAGGUCCGAGCUGUUGGUCAAGUCUUCCAGUCAGCUGGUGCCUUGACUGUCGGCACGUCAGAGAACGACGAGCCAGUGACAGGCACGUGCACAUUCAGCGUGAGUGACGUCACCGUGCUAGACAAUAGAACCAGCUCUUACCUCACACAGAACAACAAUUUGAGCCAGCAGUUGUUCCAAGGAUGUCUGCCUGUGGCCGGCAAUGAGACGGUCACGUCUUUAAGUGGCAGGAGCGGCGCCGAUCUUCUGCUGGCCUGCAGGCAGCUGUGUCAGGUUGCGGCCAGUACCGCUGCUCUCAUCAACGGCACCACGUGCGCAUGCUCCAACAGCACAUCCGGGCUAGUUCCGGCUUCUGCGUGUGAGGGGAAGUGGGCGGUGUAUCUGGUGAGUCGCGUGCGGCUAGCCACGCCCCUGACGCUGUCGCUGGACUGCAAGACGCUGAGCACUAGAGGCUACACGAGGCCCGGGGAGGAGCUGAGCUGCAUGGCUGUGGUUGGCUCCGGGCUGAACCCCGUGGUUGGCUCCGGGCUGAACCCCGUUUAUAAACUUACCUUUGAUGACGGGACAGUCAUGACAACUACGUCUAUGCCUGUCAGCUACAGCUUCUCACAGGCUGGUCUCCACGUCGUCACAGUCAGCACUCAAAUAGGAACCCUGACACUGACAAACAGGACGGUCGUCAGUGUGGACAGUGUGGACGAAGGUCAACCUCCACAAGUCGUUGGCUUAACUGUUAGCUCGAGUCCUGCGACCUUGACCGCUAUAUGUGCUCUGACCAUUAUGGACCCCCAGACCAGCACUUGUGUUUUGUCUUUCGGCAACGGAGACGAGUCUCCCGCCUAUACUUUUGUGACGUACGGCUCCAGCAUCAGCGUGCAGCACGCGUAUCGUGUGAGCGGUGCUUACAGCGUGCGGGCGUACUGCAGCAAUAGGUACGGCAACCAGUCAACUCUGGUAAGGUUUUUAGCCAGACAGGCUAUGACGUCAUACAGCUACAUCACAAACCUGCAAAGUUUGACCAUGCCGACAUUUGGCGACCCCCUCUUUUAUAAGAACUUGGUUUUUAAGGUCAACGGAUCAGCCGUUGCCUAUGACGUCAGUGAUGCAGGAGUUGCCAGUGUCGAUAACGAUUAUUUGGAGCAGGGCGUAGAUAAUGUCGUUACUAUGGUAGCAGAGAAUACCCUAAUGGACCGGCGUGUGUUAGCGGUGAGAAAAGUACCAAUGAAACCGCUCAUCAAAACAGACAAGACUGCCGGCACCUGGAACCUCACCGUCCAGGUGAGAUUUCUUGUAGAGGUCAAUGACCAUCUGUGGUUGACGCUCGACUUUGGGCAGGGCAAAGAGGGCAAGUACCUGUACACGCCAGGCCUAAACUCGUCAGUACAGGUGGACGAGUUGGUGUACUUUGGCGCUCUGGGUGUGUACACUCUCACCGCCACUGUCAGCAACGAACUGGGAGAGGCCAGUGCUCGAGCCGAUCUCUCUGUGGAGGUCCCCAUCACAGAGAUGAGCGUGGAAACCUACAACGUCACAUCUCUGACUCAGCCGGCUCUUUUCCAAGUCAGCAUCAACCCUGGGCUCAUUGGGCCGCGAACUGUCAACUUUACUUUCAAUUUUGGUGACGGCUCGCGUCAAACGGUUGUAUACCACAGUCAGUCGACGGCGGGGUUCGAACCCAUCCAAGUGCAACACAGCUACAGCAGCUGGGGCAUCUACGGCGUCAGGGUUCUGGCGGCCAACAACGUCAGCCAGACGGAGGAACACGUGACCGUCCAGGUGGGCCAGAACAUCAGCUACCUCGACAUCUCCACCCCCGGGGAGAGGAUCACCUAUGGCUCCCAGCUCGAGUUGACCGUCCUCUGCCCCACCGGCUCCAACGUUCUCUACACCGUGGAGUUUGGGGACGGGACACAGUUCUCAGUGGGCGAGCAGCGACCAGCAGACAUAUCCUCACAAAGCAAUGUCAAGGCCAUGACCGACACAUCGGCCGUCAUCACGCACGUGUACACCCGACCAGGCUAUUACAAGGUCAAGGUUACAGCUUCCAAUGAGUUCGGCGCCAUGAAAGCCGAGCUGUGUCCAACCAUAGUCGUGGGACAGCCAACCGUUUCCUCGUGCCCCGCCCCUUCCGUCUCUUUCCGCAAUGCUGUGUCGAGCUGGGAGAAGCCUGUGACCUUAAGGAGGUCAACACAAAACACGUUGACAGUGGAUGUCACGCACGACUGCCCCGUGAAAUUAAACAUGACGUUCUCCUGGACGGCCGCAGCCCUGUCUGACGCCAGUGGAGAUCGUACCCUAAGAAGCAUAGACACGUUUUGUGGGUUUAGGCUGAUGAACCCCACCCUGAGGAUCGAACCCUUGACUCUGCCAUUCGGGUUGUACGCUCUAACUGUGACCGUGUCCCCAGCAGUCGAUGACCUUCUUUACACGUCUGCUCAAAUCUGGGUCAAGGUCAUUCAAUCUGAGCCAGUUCCCGUACUUGACGGCGAUCCUGUACGCACCAUCAUGACGUAUGGAACAGCCAUCUUUGAUAUUUCCGGUUCGUACGACCCUGACCUUGACAUUGACCGCCGGCGUGCUUUAUCCUUCCAUUUGUUCUUCAUGCCCGAGGGUGAGCUGAAGAGCGUUCAGAGGCUGACACUGGAGCAGACGAUUGGCUCUUCUGAACUCAUAACCAACCGGACCAUCUUCCGCACGUCAAGCUCCAACUACCUCGGCCUGUACCAGCGUGCUGGAUGUUUCAACAGCACAUCAGAACUGCUAGACGACCUCUCCGUUUUUGGCGGUAGAAUCAGCUUUGCUGCCAACAAUUUUGAUUCCAGUCAGUUCUCGUUUGCUGUCGUUCUAUGGGCCGAGCGGAAUGACCUGUCCGCGAUGAUCUACCAAAUCGUCGAGGUCCGCUCUAGCAACAUGAGCCUGGAUGACCUUGGCUCUCUCCUUGACCUGGCUAAGAACGCUGACCCCGAUACAGCCAUACGACUGCUUGGUGGGGCGGCAAGUGCUAUACUCACACAAGAUACUUCAUCGGCGGAGGCGCAGGAAAAAUUAGCGGCGUCUACAGAAGCGGUGGUCAACACAUUGGGGUCUGUGGCCAAGAGAAUCGACAGUCCCAGUCAGGCGGCCAAGUGCGCCUCAGCCAUCAAGACCAUGACAAGCAACAAGGACAUCGUCAGUGAGGGCUCCAGAUCCUCAGCAGCUGGGGCUUUCGUUGACUUGGCCAACGGUUCAUCGUCCAUGGCAGAGGCAACAGUAGAUGACGCGUCAAGCUUUGCUGGUGAAUGCCUUGGUGGACUUGGCAAUAUUUUCCCAAGCAGUCCAAAGCCACUGGCAAGUUCCAGCCUUCCGAGCGAGACUGAGGUCACCACAGUUCUGCUUGACCUGCUCUCGACACGCUCCGAUGGACCUACCACGCCCAGCACUCGUGUGGCUGGAGGUCAAACAUCUACAUCACCCACACGGACCACCACACGGAUAACCACACCACCCACACCGACCACCACAUCGACCAGCGUGUGGAGCACAGCGCAGUCAAGCAUCAUCCACACGAGUGUAGGUUCGAGCCUUGCCCCGACAGUCCGGGCCUCGUAUCAAAACAACGGUGACAACUUCACCAUCAGCGGCGUCACUGUUGCCAGUCUGCUACUCAAUGCAUCAAGGGAUUACACCACCCCACAACCGUAUCAAGCCACGACAGCUCUGCCUCCCACUGACGUCACAACACCUCUACCACAACCAGUCACAGUCCCGAUAGACGAGAGAAUGUUCCUGCCUAGAACCGACCCGCGACCUGCGCGAGUCAUUGCUCAUGAGCUACUACGUAGUCUGGCGGACAAGGACACGUACAGAGAAUUGUUCCAGUACAUUUUUGACGACUGUUUGCUUUUCAGGAAAGUCAUGAAAUCACAAGACAUCCAGUACAACAUCCCAUGUUUGUCCACUGAUGCCAUCAACAUGAUGAAGUGUGAUGGUGACUUCACGCUGCAGGACCGCGUGUUUGACGUCAUGACCUACUCCGAGCACCCAGACGACAUCUAUGAAGUUUACCUGGUGCCCCUCAACAGGGCCAGGGCUGAACGAGACCGAGCGAGGAGGGCGACGGUAGGUUGGACUGGAAAAACAUUUUAA